UGCAAUGCCGACUUCGGUUUAAUAUCAUCGGCUCUUCCCUCGUCCGCUAGACCACUACUAUCCGUCCUCAUUUUGGAAUAGUAUGUUAUCCGCCCCGGCCCUCUAUUCCCGAAUAACGCCUCCCUUAUUCCGAGUAGCAUAAACCAAUCGCGGUGAAGUCCCCAAAAGCGCUUUCCCAAAUGGUGGCUUCGUACGCCCACCCUUCUCUUCGCCCAUUCCCUCUCCCUCCCAAACUCCCUUCUCCGUGCUCUCACCUCCUCUCCUUCAAAACCCUCUCCUCCCUCUCCCCCACCACCCCCACCUCCGCCUCCGCGGACUACAACCACAUCAUCCAAUCCCUAUGCAACAAUGGCGACCUCCACCGCGCUCUCCACCUCCUCCCCCAGGAGCGCCACCCCACGCAGCGCACCUACGAGGCCCUCAUCCUCGCCUGCGCCCGCCGCAACGCCGCCGCGCUCGGCGCCGCCGUGCACCGCCGCCUCGUCGAGGACGGGUUCGACCGGGACCCCUUCCUCGCCACCAAGCUCAUCGACAUGUACGCCCACCUCGGCGCACUCGACGACGCCCGCAACGUGUUCGACGAAACGCCCGAGAAGACCAUCUUCGUGUGGAACGCGCUCCUCAAGGCGCUCGCCCUCGCCGACGUCGCCGAGGAGGCGCUCGCGCUGCUACGCGAGAUGGGCCGCCGCGGCGUGGCCAUGGAUAGCUUCACCUACUCGCACGCGCUCAAGGCGUGCAUCGCCUCCUCGUCGCACCCGCCCCUCGCCGCCGACCGGGUCCGGGAGAUCCACGGCCACGCCGUACGACGUGGAUUCGAGUCGCGGGUCCACGUGGGUACGACGCUCGUCGACUGCUACGCCAAGCUCGGCCUCGUCUCCUACGCCGAGCGCGUGUUCGACGAAAUGCCUGAGCGGAACGUGGUCUCGUGGACGGCUAUGAUCGCCUGCCGCGCGAAGAACGAACGGCCCUUUGAUGCCCUGGACCUCUUCUACCAGAUGAUGGUGAGCGAGCCCGAUGUGAGCCCUAACUCGGUCACCAUGGUUAGCGCGUUACAAGCUUCCGCAGGCUUGGCAGCUCUCGGACAGGGAAAGAUCAUGCAUGCUUAUAUCCUCAGGAAGGGGCUUGAUUCAAUUCUAUCAGUGUUCAAUGCACUAAUCGCGAUGUACAUGAAAUGUGGAAGCCUAAACACCGCGUUACGCCUCUUUGAUUCUAUGAGCGGCCGAAGGGAUGUGGUCUCCUGGAAUUCGAUAAUCUCCGGAUACGGCAGCCUUGGUUUUGGCGCGAAAGCCAUUCAGGUGUUUGAAGAAAUGGUCGAGUCGGGAAUUAAACCGAGUUCUAUUACUUUUGUCAGUGUUUUGGGUGCGUGUAGCCAUUCUGGACUCGUGGAAGAAGGAAAGAGAUUGUUUGAUUCGAUGAGCCAAGUUUACGGUUUGACGCCGCGUGCAGAACACUAUGCUUGCAUGGUCGAUCUGUUAGGUCGAGCUGGGAGGUUAGAUGAAGCUGCUGAGAUUAUUAAAGAAAUGCGUAUUGAACCGAGCCCUAAAGUUUGGGGAUCACUACUUGGAGCUUGUAGAAUUCAUGGUAGAGUAGAGCUCGCGGAAAUGGCUUGCACCCAUCUAUUUGAACUCGAGCCGACGAAUGCAGGGAACUAUGUGCUCUUAGCUGAUAUUUAUGCAGAAGCGAAGUUGUGGGAAGAAGUUGGUAGGGUUAAGAAGCUUCUAGAAGAACGCAGCCUCGAAAAGGUUCCAGGCUGCAGCUGGAUUGAGGUGAAGAAGAAGAUAUAUUCAUUUGUCUCAGUCGAUGAAUUGAACCCACAAAUCGAGCAGCUUCAUGCUCUGUUGAUUCAACUGGUAAUGGAGAUGAAGAAGGAUGGUUAUGUCCCGAAUACUAAGGUUGUUUUGUAUGAUCUCGAUCACGAAGAGAAAGAAAGGAUUUUAUUGGGUCACAGUGAGAAGUUGGCUGUUGCAUUUGGGCUUAUUAACAGUGGUAAAGGUGAAGUCAUUAGGAUCACCAAGAAUUUGAGGUUAUGUGAGGAUUGCCAUUCUGUGACCAAGUUCAUUUCGAGGUUUGCUAGUCGGGAGAUACUUGUUAGAGAUGUGAACCGGUUCCACCACUUCAAAGACGGUGUUUGUUCUUGUCGGGAUUACUGGUGAAUCAGGCGAUGUGGAAAACACUCCCAAAUCAUUGGUCUUCCCGUAUUGUGUUUAUUUCUGACAUGAAGAAAGAUACACAGCUUUCGCAUUCGGUCGCCAACUUUUUGAGGUUGUAAAAUGUUGUUCACACCUAACUGGGUAUUCAGAUUUCUUAUGAAGAACCUGUUGUAAAGUCCCUUUUAAUAUUAAUCUGCAGAAAUAGAUAUCAGGUCAAAGGUACGUGAAAACUUAAUCCUAAAUUUGGAGCUGUAGUAUCAUCCCACGAUCAAAGCAUACAUUCAUAAGUUGUCGUCUACAUAGAGAACUCUGCUUGCCUGCUGUUAUACCGCAGCUGGUAAUUUGCCAAAUCAUGCAAUUUAUGUUCAGCAAUCCUUUUCCGA